CCCAAAUAUUCCCUUUCACCCACUCCCUCAAAUAUAUCUGUAACACUCUCUCCGCCAUUUUCACAAAAUUCUCUGUUCGUAAAAAACCCUUGCUUUAUUUCUCUAUUUGAUAUUCGCUAGGGGUAAGGAUGACGACGUCGUUUGGAGCAGCGAUCAACGUCGCCGCCGUCGAUGACCCGAACCCGAAGCUCCAAAUUCAGAAGUUCAACGGGUUAAAAAGCACCUCCAAUUCGCUGUUGCUUAGCAGACGUCUUCACGUUUUUCAGUCCUUUUCCCCGUCGAAUCCCAGUUCUAUUGUCCGCGCCGUAUCUACGCCAGCAAAGCCAGCUGCAGUGGAGCCCAAGCGUAGUAAGGUUGAAAUAUUCAAAGAACAGAGUAACUUCAUAAGAUAUCCUCUUAAUGAGGAGAUUCUAAAUGAUGCCCCCAACAUCAAUGAGGCUGCAACACAAUUGAUCAAGUUCCAUGGAAGCUAUAUGCAAUACGACAGAGAUGAGCGUGGGGGAAGAUCAUACUCAUUCAUGCUUCGGACAAAGAACCCUGGUGGGGAGGUACCAAACAGACUCUACUUGGUCAUGGAUGAUCUUGCUGACCAAUUUGGAAUUGGGACACUUCGUUUGACGACAAGACAAACCUUUCAGCUGCAUGGGGUCUUGAAAAAAGACCUGAAGACAGUAAUGAGUACAAUCAUCAGAAACAUGGGUUCAACUCUUGGUGCAUGUGGUGACCUCAAUAGGAACGUUCUUGCUCCAGCUGCCCCAUUUGCUAAAAAAGAUUAUAUGUUUGCUAAACAAACAGCUGAUAACAUUGCAGCACUUUUAACUCCCCAAUCUGGAUUUUACUAUGACGUUUGGGUGGAUGGGGAGAAAGUUAUGACAGCAGAACCUCCUGAAGUUGUGAAAGCUCGAAAUGAUAACUCCCAUGGAACAAACUUCCCCGACUCACCUGAACCCAUUUAUGGAACUCAGUUCUUGCCAAGGAAGUUCAAAAUUGCAGUUACUGUGCCAGCUGAUAACUCUGUGGACAUCUUCACCAAUGAUAUAGGCGUUGUUGUUGUAUCUAAUGAGGAUGGAGAGCCUCAGGGAUUCAACAUAUAUGUUGGUGGUGGUAUGGGGCGAACUCAUAGGAUGGAAACCACUUUUCCUCGUUUGGCAGAGCCAUUAGGUUAUGUGCCUAAAGAGGAUAUACUCUAUGCUGUUAAAGCUAUUGUUGUUAGUCAAAGAGAAAACGGCAGAAGAGAUGAUCGCAGGUACAGCAGAUUGAAAUAUUUACUCAGCUCAUGGGGAAUCGAGAAGUUUCGAUCUGUCACUGAACAGUAUUACGGAAAGAAGUUUGAACCUUGCCGUGAAUUGCCUGAGUGGGAAUUCAAGAGUUAUUUGGGAUGGCAUGAAGCAGGAGACGGUAGUUUGUUUUGUGGUCUACAUGUUGACAAUGGUCGUGUAAAAGGAGCGAUGAAGAAGGCACUCAGGGAAGUUAUUGAGAAGUAUAAUCUGAAUGUGCGUCUCACACCCAACCAGAAUAUUAUCUUGUGCAAUAUUCGACAAGCGUGGAAGCGCCCCAUCACCACAGUUCUUGCACAGGGUGGUUUGCUGCAACCUAGGUAUGUGGAUCCUCUCAAUCUAACAGCGAUGGCCUGCCCGGCUUUUCCGCUUUGUCCUCUUGCAAUAACUGAAGCUGAACGUGGAAUACCUGACAUCCUCAAGCGUGUUCGAGCUAUUUUUGAAAAGGUUGGUCUGAAGUACAGUGAAUCUGUCGUCAUAAGGGUAACAGGCUGUCCUAAUGGAUGUGCUAGACCAUACAUGGCUGAACUUGGCUUGGUAGGAGAUGGUCCAAACAGCUAUCAGAUAUGGCUCGGUGGUACUCCCAAUCAAACUUCAUUGGCAAAAACUUUCAAGGAUAAGGUUAAGGUUCAGGAUCUUGAAAAAGUUCUGGAGCCUUUAUUUUUCCAUUGGAGAAGAAAGCGACAAUCUAAAGAAUCAUUUGGCGACUUCACAAACCGCAUGGGAUUUGAGAAACUUGGAGAGUUUGUUGAAAAAUGGGAAGGCAUCCCCGAGUCAUCAUCUCGAUAUAACUUGAAGCUAUUUGCUGAUAGAGAGACUUACGAAGCCAUGGAUGCACUUGCAAGCAUCCAAGAUAAAAAUGCCCAUCAAUUGGCAAUUGAAGUAGUGCGCAAUUAUGUUGCUUCCCAGCAAAAUGGGAAAAGUAUGGACUGACCACGUCUUUCCUGUUGCAAAAUAGCAAGAUUGAGCAAGGAGGUAUAACUGGUGCCCAUGUCUUUAGCCUGUUAUCUAUUGGUAACAGUUGAAACAAGUGGAGAAUUUUGACGUAUAUUCUGCAAGCAUUUGUAGUACUUCACUUGUAGACCAACAGUACCCUGCAGUUUCUUUUCCUUGUUUAUUUUUCGUUUCUUUUUGAAGAGUAAGCAAGAUCUUACAAUGGUCUGUUUUUUCUCUCGAUUUUUUCAGAGGACUGUCUUUUAAAACUCCUGUACAUGUCCAAAUUUGCUGUGUUUUUAAAGGUGUUGUUUCGAGUUUAGUC